AUGGGCUGUGCUUUCGUUGAUAUAGUCUUAAAUGCUCUAGAGCAUCUGGCAAAAGAUCUGGACGUAGAAUCUCAUCUGUGGACGGGGCUGAGGAUGGAUCUAAGACUUCUGAGAACAUUUGUUUUGUGUGCUAGGAGCAGCAAUCGUUUGAUCAGUUGGGAAUCUCUUGGAUCUUUCAUGCGUAGCAUAUUUCUCUACUUUAAAUCAGAUGAAAAUGCAAGUCUUGGAUCUCUGUUGCAUAGCCUUGAAGAUGCAGUUGACCGAAUAGGAAAGGAGUUGGACUUCAUUCGUUUUGGAGUAGAGGAACGAUUCUAUCCACAAUCUCACAUGAAAGCUUAUUUUAUUGGGAUGGCGGAAGAUUUUCGGGGAAGCUUAUGGUCUUUCACACAAAAAAUCAGCGAAUCCUAUUCCAGCAUCACUGCGGUGGGUUACUCCUUGCAAUCCAGAGACGAACUUAUGGAAUUCAUUGACUCGCUGUUAGCAAAUAUGGAAGAUCUUGUCGACUUGGACGACUUGGGCGAUGUCCACUUGCGAGCUCUGAUCUCAAGCUUUAAAGAGAAGCUGGAAUUCUUCAAACGAUUCAUUCACUUUGCAGAAUUGAAAGGGUUUCAGCACAAGCAGUUGAAGGUUCUCUUGACUCAUUUGGAACUUGUGGCAGUCAAUGCAGCGGCAAGCGUCUUUUUCAUUUCCACGGGUCGCAAAAGGGAUGCGAUCGUGCGUGACGAAAUGAAAACAAAGAUUUCUGGGGUGCUGGCAAAAUUCGUGUUUUUUGAACCCCAGAUCCGUGAGAGUUACAUCAAAGUCUUGACAGCUACACACUGGAAAAGAUCAUCCAACAUUCUGGAGACCAACAAGGAUCGAUUGGAGGGCCAUGUUCAUUUUCUCCUGGACAGUCUUGAUAAGCUACUAAAUCGUGAUGCCGUGUUGAUUAUCUGUUUUGAGGAGCAAAUACCACUGCUCUAUAAGGGACUAAGAUUCUUGGAAACCAUUCUUAUGAAGUACCCGGAGAAGUUUGAUGAGCUUCAUGAAAAAGAGAAGGAUCUCAUUCGAGCUGCGGUCAACGAAGCAGGAAUCAUAAUUUGCCUACUUUUUUUGCACGACUUGAAAGAAAUCUUGGAUCUCAUUCGAGCUGCGGUCAAAGAAGCAGUAAUCAUGAUUUACAUACUUGUUUUGCACAACUUGAAAAAUAUCUUGGCCAAGGAAUUCGAUUUGUCACUUUUCAACUUCAUGGGAAAGAUUAAGCUUGUAAAAGUAGUUACAUCGACAUUCAUCUUUUCAAGAAACAAUGAGCUUGGUUUUAUGGAUUUUCUCCUUGAAAAGCUGAAAGAGCUGCCGAGUUGUGAGGUUGGUUCAAUUGCUUUUCCAAAGGAUCAAAUUCAAACUAUCCGAGAAGAUCUUGUAUCAGUAAGAUCUUUCUUGGAGAUCAGUGUGGACCAGAGCAACCAAGCCCUUCGGAGACCGGUCAUGGAGGUGGCGCACAAGACACAGCUGACGGUUAAAUCCUUGUUCAUUGGAGACUUUCCAGAUUUUUGGUCUCCAAUCAUAUUUGAUUCCAUCAGGGAAGAGCUUAAAGAGAUUAAUCUUGCUAAGAUUGAAGCCAUGAAGGUUUGUGACAAUAAGUAUAGGUUGGAAGCCCAUAGUGUGAGCAGGACAACCAACAAAGUUCGGGUGAGGUUGGAAGAUGAAGCCAGAAUAAUUCACAAACUUACAAGAGGACAUAAGCAGUUGGGGUUUGUUUCCAUUGUUGGUAUGCCUGGAAUAGGUAAAACGACUUUGGCCCAAAAUGUUUAUAAUGAUCUUUCAAUUAGAUGCUUUUUUCAUGUCCGUGCAUGGUGUACUGUUUCUCAACUCUAUCAGCAAAAGGAUUUGCUGCUUCAGAUUUUGAGUUGUAUGGAUCCUGACCUUUUUGAUGAUCAGCUACAAAGAAAAAAACACCACUGUGGUGAUGAAUAUUCAAAGAAGACUGAAGAUGAGAUGGAACAAAAGCUAAGGCAGCGUUUGAUGAAAAAUAGGUAUCUCAUUGUUCUUGAUGAUGUGUGGAGUAGUGAGGUCUGGAAUACGUUGGAAAGAUCUUUCCCAGAUAAUGCCAAUGGAAGUAAAAUCCUCUUAACCAGUCGACUUCCUAUGGUGGCUCUAGAAAUCAACGAAAAUGUUACAAUUCACCAUCUUCAACGACUUACUGAUAAGGAGAGCUGGGAAUUACUGCAGAAGAAGCUACCUGAAGAAGAAGGCUAUCCUUCAGCGCACAGUGAUCUAGGGAUGCAGAUAGCCAAACAUUGUCAGGGACUACCUCUCACAAUUGUUACGGUAGCUGGAAUUCUUGCUAAACUGGAGAAAGAUGGCUGGAUAGAGAUCGUGGAAAGACUAAGAUUAAGUGCUGUUUGUGCUACAGAUCAUUGCAUGAAUGUAUUAGAGCUGAGUUACCGGCAUUUACCUGAAUAUCUAAAACCAUGCUUUCUCUACUUCGCAGCAUUUCCCGAAGACACAGAGAUUCCCUCUUGGAGGUUGAUGAGUUUAUGGAUCGCUGAAGGAUUUGUCCAGAAAAGUGUGAUAAAGAGCUUGGAGGAUGUAGCUGAGGAGUACAUAUAUGAACUCAUAAGCAGAAGCUUGGUUAUGGUUUCCAAAGAAAGAUCCCUAGGUGGUGUUAGAACUUGCCGCAUUCAUGAUUUGUUGCACGAGUUUUGUUUGGUAAAAGCCCAGAAAGAAAAUUUUCUGCAGUUUUUACAUGGAGAUGAUAAGCUUUUCACCUUUGAUGAGCCACGCAAUCUGAGAAGGUUAUGCAUUUUUUCAGGGCAGGAUAUUUUUGCGUACUCAAGGCUAUGCUCAACCCGUGCGAACUCUCUGAUGUUCUAUGCUCAGGAGGAUGAGAUGGUCCGAAGUGGUUUUCCUAAAUUCCUAUUUGUCUUUUUCAAACGUCUGAGAGUCUUGGACUUGGAACAAUUUUGUCUACAUGGUGAACUUCCAAGUAAAAUAGGGUUGCUUUCUGAGCUGAGGUACUUGGCAAUUCAUCUUUCAGCCAAUUCCAUCCCUUCAUCAGUAGGCAAUCUCUCAUAUUUAGAAACUUUUAUCGUCCAAGCAGACAGAAAUGUCCUACUGCCAGAUACUAUAUGGAAUUUGAAGAAAUUGAGGCGACUAGACGCAAGAAAUGGUUUUACUUUUAAUUUGGCUGAAGAGAACCUGGGGAGUUUACAUAAUUUAGACAGCAUUUCUGUUUUGUUUCUUAGUUCGGUACAAAGCGAAAGGAUAUUAGAAAAAUUCCCAAACAUCCGCAGACUAAAAUGCAAGCUCUUCAAAUCUGAGGAAUAUAAUGGAGAUUGUAAUAAGAUUGUGGCAAUGGAUUUUCUGAGCCAAUUGGAAUCGCUCAAGCUCAUGCUGGAUCAGCGCAGGAGGUACACUCUUGAGUUUCGUUUUCCGUUGAUCAGUCUAAAGAAGUUAAGUCUCUUAUAUUUCCAUUGGAGUGAAAUUCCAAUGAUUGGGAAACUAUGCAACCUUGAGGUGUUCAAAUUAGGUCAUGAAAUCUCUCGGCAGGAUACAUGGGACAUGGAAGGAUUUGAGUUUCCUCGGCUCAAGUACUUGAAACUGGAACAGUUGCGUAUAUUUCGAUGGAAAUGCUCAUCUGAUCAGUUCCCGCGUCUACGGAAACUAGUCUUGGUUCGAUGCUGGAGACUGAAAGAAGUCCCUUCUUGUUUUGGGGAAGUUUCAACUCUUGAAAUGAUUGAUGUACACGGCUGUUCAGAUUCGGCUGUACGUUCAGUUUGGGAGAUUGAGGAAGAGCAAAAAGACUCUGGAAAUGAGGAUUUCCAGAUUUUUGUUUGA